AUGCCAUCGACAGACGACAGUAAAAGCAGAAAAAGAUUCGUGUUCGACGCGUCGCUGAUUGCCCGCGUUCAUACUUGGCUUGCGUAUACGGCGUUUGCGAGCGCAUUGUGUAUAGGGUGCUUGUUGCACUAUAAGAAAAUCGUCAAGAAUGGCGUUGCGGGGUACCCGCAAGAAUGGUUUCCGUCCGUUUCAGCCACGAUCGGGGACUGGUAUCCUGAACGUAAUAUAUUCCAAGUGCUCAUUGCCCUAACAGCAGGUCCCCGAUUCGCCCUGGUUACACUACUAUACUAUCUCCAGCACUCCCAGGAUUCGUCGCUACCAACUGUGGUCUUCAUUUCUGGACUUAUACGAACCAUAUCUUGCGGCGGCUGGGUAUAUAUCACUUCAUCUGACGACCACGACGUGCACGAUGUCUUAAUGAUCACAUAUAUUGUGUGUGACCUUCCUUGGAUGCUUGGAGGGAUUGCAUGCACACAAAACGCGGUUGUUCGUCGCAAGCGAUUCUUUGCCUCCAUUGUACCAUUGAUAUAUUUCUUCGUUCAACAUAAAGUUCACAGAGUGCCCGGCGCAUAUACUCGCUACGCCUUCUUCGAAUGGGCACUGAUUAUCUUCGACGUAUUAUAUGACUCUGUCGCGGAACAGGAUCUAAGGGAGGCAGAUUUACAGAUUUCGUUGGGUCCUUCCCUUCACUCAGGCGCAGAGAUAGAUCCAAUGGUGACGUCCGAACCGAAGAUGGUUAGUACAUCCGCUGAAACACUCAAAGAGAAGCACCCCGUUCCACCGCCGCCACCGUUAUUGCUCGAUCUAUCUGCAUUGGCCCAGCAUAGGCCUAUAUUGAGCUUCGUAUCUGACCUAUACCUGUCCUAUAUUUUCUGGUCGCUUUUCACGUCGUUGAUACCUACCUUGUUCUAUUUCUCGGUUUGGGAACUUGGCAUCGCUGGUCAGGAACUUGCCCUGUUAGCGACGUUGUCACCCGCGUUCCUAGCGGUUCCCUCUGUUCUAUCCUGGGUACGAAGCCGUGGAGGGUUGUCCGCGCUCCAGCUGCUAUCUCUCUCCGGUCUUGCUGCGUAUGCAUUGAGCAGUCCCCUUCAUCGUUUCUUUGUUGUGACUUUCGCCAACAUCAUUGCUGUCAUGGGGCAGGUCGUUAUUUGGGCCGGCCUAACUGACGGGAACACCGUUGGUUACCAGAGCAUCAUCACUGCUUUGGGUUUGAUGACUUCGUCCUUGUCAAAACAUGCCAAUCAUUCCAAUAACCCGGUUUGGCCGCUCAUCAACGAAUCCUCCGGUGGAUAUAAUAAGACUGGACUUUUCAUCGCCGUUCUAGCGUUAUAUGAACUUUUCGGUCGACCUGUUGAACAACCCAGCUCAGAAGCCUCAAUGGACGCCAAGAAGGGUAACACCGAUGGUUACAAUAUGGCUAAGGAGCACUGGCUUGUAGGCGCUCUGCCUCUUGGUAGCCUAGUCUUCUCCCUCCACUCACUCUUGUCCGACCCCAGCACCCUUCUCGCGUGGUCAUGGACAGGUUAUGCAAACAGCGCGCCUCGUGGCCCAAUGCCCCAUCUCCACGGUUCGAUUACCUUGACCGCUCAGUCUCUCGGCCUUUUCAUUGCUCUCACGACGCUCUCCCUAUCCCCGACUUCCAUCAAUUAUCUCGCCCACCCGGUCUGGUUCAUCUUCGGUCUGGCGUCUUCAUACAUCAUGCUCCAGUAUCGGGAUUGGAUUGGGUAUCUUGGUGGAUUGGGAGUAGCCAUCUUCACCAUGGCAGUCAUCCCCAUUGUCUUCCAGCGAGCUGCACUUACCGGUCUCACCGCGCGAACAUACUUCAUGGCGUUCCUCGUCUACUGUUUGCUGGUUCUAGCUAGCGUCUGGACUGUGGCUUAUGCCUUCGUCCCAGGCGGUCCGUUCUUACGCGAACGGACUGAUCUCGUUGUCCUUGCUCAAAUGGCGUGUUUGUCGUUGGCGUUCCAAUGGCCCGGCGCUGUCCCUCGGACCCUAGCGAUCGAAGUCCCAGCCCGCCUCAGGAGUUAUGCGAGAACAACGCUUGCUUUGAUUUGUGUUGUUGCUGUAUUUGUCUCCCAAUAUCGAAGACCAAGUAUCAACCCCGUGCCAUAUAAGUCCGGCCCGCGCAUAUUCAACGCGGGUAUCUGGACGGUACACUUCGGCAUGGACAACACAGGUAGAGAUAGCCAACGACUCAUUAGGAAUGUCGUCAGGGACUUGGAGUUGGAUAUCAUUGGUUUGUUGGAAACUGACUUACACCGAGUCGUAUAUGGGAACCGCGAUCUGACUCGAGUCAUCGUGGAAGAACUCGGAUAUUAUGUUGAUUUAGGACCAGGGCCCAAUUCUCACACAUGGGGCGCUGCCCUUCUCUCUAAGUUCCCAAUCGUCAGUUCCAAACAUCACUUGCUACCCUCUCCUCGAGGCGAGCUGGCCCCUGCCAUUGAAGCCGUACUUGAUGUCUUCGGUACUGAGGUCACGGUAGUCGUAUCCCAUAACGGUCAAGAGGAAGACCCGUUGGACAGGGAACUUCAAAGUCGGGAGUUGGCUAGAAUAAUGGCUGCUGCGCAUCCUCGACCAGUCGUUUUCCUUGGCUACGUAGUCACGAAGCCGCACGCCAAAGAACCUGCUCCCUACGAGAUUAUGGUCAGAGACGGGCAAGUCCACGAUAUCGACAAAGACGACCAGGAUCGAUGGUGCGAGUACAUCUUUUACAGAAAUUUGUACCGGACGGCCUACGCCCGUGUUUCGCGUGGUAUUGUUACAGACACUGAACUUCAAAUCGGCCAAUUCACUUUACCGAAGCAUGGAUUCGGUGUGGUCAACGAGACGGAAGAGGCCAGAUACUUGCGAGCCUUCAAAGAAGAGUUGCCUCAGCGCCAUUGGUUCCCUAUGGCAUAUUACGGGGAUCAAAACAAAGGAGGCGUAAAUGGACAUUACUACCAUGUCUUCGGCACGCCGUUGUAUUACAAGAUCCCGAAAGACGCAGUUUUGUAA